UUUAUACCGCUGUGAUUCGAUACUUCCUGAGUUUUCCAUCGUUAACCGAACCUCAAGAUGAACGGCGACUUGGAACUUACCUUUAGUCAAAAAUCUGAAGAAGCGGAGAAAAUUAAGGAAUCCGCCAACGAAUACUUCAAAAAACAAAUGUACGAUGAGGCGAUCACGAUGUACUCGAAAGCUAUUUCGCUGAAUCCGAACGUUGCCGUGUACUACGGUAAUCGAAGUUUGGCCUACUUAAAAACCGAAUGUUUUGGAUAUGCGUUGAGCGAUGCCACAAAAGCUAUCGAACUGGAUAAGAAUUACAUCAAAGGGUAUUACAGAAGAGCCGCCGCCAAUAUGUCGUUGGGAAAAUUCAAAUUAGCUUUGCGAGAUUACGAAGCUGUGGCCAAAGCGAAGCCUAAUGAUAAGCAGGCUAAAGCGAAAUACGCCGAGUGUAAUAAAAUCGUCAAGAAAAUCGCCUUCGAAAAAGCAAUCUCCGUAUCGGAUAAGAGCAUAUCGGAAAUGAUAGACUUUGAAAGCAUAAAUAUCGAAGACGAAUAUAAAGGACCGACGUUACUAAACGAUAAAGAAGUUACGUUAGAUUUUAUGAAGGAAUUAAUGGAAACCUUCAAAAACGAAGGUAAAUUGCACCGAAAAUACGCGUACAAAAUGCUUUUAGAUGCGAAGGAGUAUUUCAAGAAACAACCCACGCUGGUAGAUAUUACUGUGCCGGACGAUGAAAAGUUCACGGUUUGCGGAGAUAUCCACGGACAAUAUUACGAUCUUUAUAAUAUAUUUCAAUUAAACGGUCUUCCGUCGCCUGAAAAUCCCUACUUAUUCAACGGAGAUUUCGUUGAUAGAGGUUCAUUUUCGGUCGAAUGUAUUUUCACUUUGCUCGGUUUUAAACUUUUAUACCCUAAUCACUUUUUCAUGUCCAGAGGUAAUCACGAAAGUGAAACCAUGAAUCAAAUGUAUGGUUUUAAAGACGAAGUGAAGAGUAAAUACACCGCUCAGAUGGCCGAUUUGUUCACCGAAGUUUACAACUGGUUACCAUUAGCCCAUUGUAUUAAUAAAAAAGUCCUAGUGAUGCACGGUGGCUUAUUUUCCCGAGACGGCGUAACAUUGGAUGAAAUUCGGGGCACCGACCGAAAUAGACAGCCUCCGGAAGAAGGCAUAAUGUGCGAAUUAUUGUGGUCCGAUCCUCAACCAACGAUGGGACGAGCUCCGAGUAAACGUGGUGUCGGUAUCCAGUUUGGGCCGGAUGUUACGGAGAAAUUUUUACAAACCAACAACUUGGACUACGUUAUUCGCAGUCACGAAGUUAAAGAUAACGGCUACGAGGUAGCUCAUAAUGAAAAAUGCAUCACUGUUUUUUCUGCGCCCAAUUAUUGUGAUACCAUGGGUAACAAAGGAGCUUACAUAAAUUUAGAGGGGAAAACGUUGAAACCCAAAUUCGUCACUUACGAAGCCGUGCCUCACCCGAAUAUUAAGCCGAUGGCGUAUUCCAAUUUACUAAUGUCAUCGCUGUAUUGUUAGUAUCUUGCACUGGUGAAGAAAUUGAAGAAAUUCUUGUCGGGAAGUUUGGUGUCGAGUACUGCAAUAGAAUUCACUUUUGUACCAACUUUUUUCUGUAUUACGUUUUACGUUUUCUUUUUUCAAUGCGGCGUAAUGUGUAGAUUAUGCUGGACAGUGAAUGACCAUUUUAAAGACUUUAUACAAUAUAUUGUUAAAAACGUAGACGGUUCAAUUUUUCGCUCAGAACGUUCGUAUUUAUAACGUACGGUUGAGAAUAAAAAUUUUUUUCUGCGAGUGUUA